AUGGCCGCUAUUGAAAACUCAGUCAUUGUUCCAGCUUAUCACGAAAAAUUAAAUAUCAAACCAUUGACAACUAGAUUAUUUGCUGCAUUAGGCAAUGAAUUUUCAAAGACUACUGAAUUGAUUUUUGUUGAUGACAACUCUCAGGAUGGUUCUGUUGAGGAAGUUGAUAAGUUACAUAAGAAUGGUUACAAUGUUAGAAUAAUUGUUAGAACUGAUGAACGUGGAUUAUCCUCUGCUGUUUUAAGAGGGUUUUAUGAAGCCAAGGGUGAAUAUUUAGUUUGUAUGGAUGCUGAUCUACAACAUCCUCCAGAAAGUGUUCCCCAAUUAUUAGAGAAAUUAAGAAACUAUCCAUUUGUUUUAGGGACCAGAUAUGCUCCAGGUGUUGGUAUUGAUAAAGAUUGGCCAUUACACCGUAGAAUAAUUUCUAAUGGUGCUAGAUGUUUGGCUAAGCCCUUGACUAGUGCAUCAGAUCCAAUGAGUGGGUUUUUCGGUUUACAGAAAAAAUAUUUAUUGGAAGCUCCUAAAGAUUCUCUUAAUGCCGAAGGUUUUAAAGUUGCCUUGGAUCUAAUGGUCAAAUUACCUUUGCCUCCAAAAGAUCCAAUUGGCGAAGUCCCAUUUAGCUUCGGUGUUAGAACGGAAGGUGAAAGUAAAUUGAGUGGUAAAGUUAUUGUUCAAUAUUUGGUUCAGUUGAAAGAAUUAUAUAUUUAUAGAUUUGGUGCUGCUAACUUAUUAACUUUCAUUGUCAUUUGGUCUGUUUUAAUAAUGUAUUUAUUAUUUGUUAUCUAUUCAUCUUUGUUUUAA